AUGAUUGUGAAAGACACAGAAAAACUAAAUAACCUAAGAUCGAGUGUAAGAGACUUGUCAUCUAGGAUAACCUCCCAUCGAGUAGCUUUUGGAACAAAAAUAACCGUCUUCAAAGAACGUUUCAAUGACCUGGAGGAUAUCAUUUACGAUGUUGUCAAUCAAAACGAUAGGGAUUCACUUAAAGAAAGUCUCGGAAAGCUAAAGGACUCCACCGAACAAAUAUUUCAAAUGAUCAAUCAGCAAAACGGAUACAUGGAAGAAUGUCUGCGUAUUAUGGAGGAUUUACUAAAUUACACGACGCAAAUGCAAGCGAGGUUAACAAUAUUGAGCACAUACAGAGAUUGGGUCAGUAGUUUUAAGGAUGCGCUGGAUUACGUACCGACGAUUUCAAACAAGUUAAAGAGUAUUUUAAAUAGUGUCGGUUUGACGAUCUCAGAUUUCGAGAAACUACUGGAUAUAAAGGGGGGUAAAAGCAAUAUUAUGUUUCACGGAAGCGAAAAUCAGUCCUCGGAAGAAGCAAGAAAACAGUUGGACGAGACAGCCUUCCCCGAAGAUAUUGCGUACAUCAAAAAUCCAUUACAAAAAGCUUUCAACGCAUUAGAAGCUUGGGAAAAUGAGAAAUGCCAUAAUAUCCGCACAGAAGUAUUUGUCAGAGAACAAGGAUGUUCAAUCGAAGGCGAAAUCGACGAUGUGCUGUAUCAUACCAUUAAUCAACAUCAUUUGUCAUUAUCGCUCUUUCUGUUCUAUUGCAUUUCUCUUCUACCUAUCCCUACAUCUACGUCCAUCUGCUCUCCCGCAAAGUUACGAUCCACUUCCGACCACUCACCACUUUCUCCACCGCAUCGAUUGGGACUGUCCGUAUCCAUCCUCACGUUCCACGACGUGCAAAAUAGGUCGGCUAGCCGUUCUUCGCAAUGGCGUAAUUCUGAUUACGGACUGCAGUUACUUUCAACGGCAGAGCUAUACGCUACAAGUGUUUUGGGAAUGGAAAGGUGCUUAUUGCAUGCUCAAGUGCAUAAAAGAAAUUGGUACGAGAAAGCUGGGUAUACGGUCGAGAUCUUGGAGGAGGGAAUUGAACACGUGAAGAUGGAAAAGAUGUUGAAAUAG